GAUUUGGAUGUAUAUCUAGUCGGUUUUAUUUGAUGAUUAGCAAUCGCGAAAUGAGCAUAGCUGUGAGAGACAGGGUCAGAAUUGUGUAAUAGCGAGCGUUUAAUAGUGAUGAAUUUAAAGGGCGGCGGAAACAGGAAAUCCGACUGAGAUGUACGGUAGUUGAGCUGUAGUUGGGUUUAUGAUAAGUGAGGACUGCAGACGAGACAGUUUGAAAGAGACAAGGGGCUCGCUGCUGUCGCACGUGAGGCGAUCCCUUAAAAUUAACGCAAAUAUAUAGUGAAAGAUUUAUUGUGGCGCUACUGCAGUGCGCGCGCAGAAUUUAAUAAUCAGAUAAGGACUGUGGUGUUAAUCAUCAACAGUUACCUGUACAUGAACAGAAUUAUUAUCUUGUUUCACUGUCGUUUUUUAUUCAUUAUAAAACACGGCGGAAGGCACGCAUCUUGUUUUUGUUCUCUUUUGACGCUGUUUAAAUCUAAGUAAGUUGGGGUUUGAAGAACAGCCAGGUCUGAAAUAGCUGAAUAUCGGAAUCUGAAAUAUAUCUGAAAUGACCGGAAAAUCGGUGAAAGACGUGGACCGAUACCAGGCUGUACUCACUGCGCUGCUUUCACUGGAGGAGAAUAAAUUCUGCGCCGAUUGCCUGGCAAAAGGUCCCAGAUGGGCCUCGUGGAACCUGGGGGUCUUCAUUUGUAUCCGCUGUGCUGGAAUCCACCGGAACCUAGGAGUCCACAUAUCACGGGUCAAGUCGGUGAACUUGGACCAGUGGACCCGGGAGCAGAUUCAGUGUGUCCAGGAGAUGGGAAAUGCUAAAUCCCGGCGUCUCUAUGAAGCCUUUCUGCCGGCCUGCUUCCAGCGGCCCGAGACUGACCAAUCUGCUGAGGUCUUCAUCCGUGACAAGUACGAUAAGAAGAAGUACAUGGAUAAGUGUCUCGACGUCCAGGCGCUCAAGAAGGAGAAGUCUAGUGACUCUAUAGUCAAAGAGGCACCAGUUGUGUUUGAGAAGGUGAAAUUGAAGAGGGAUGAUUCCCAGCAGCUGAAGUCCAGUCUCUCAGAGCCGGCUCACAUCACAGCUGACUUGUUAAACCUUGAUGCUCCAGCCCCUGUGAGCAACGGUGGCCCCAGCCCCGAGUUGACGGACCCGUUGGAUUUGUUCGGUUCUGUCUCCACCACCUCUGCCAAUCCCGCCAAAACACCGCCAGCUUCAGCGUCCAUGCCUGCAAAACACCAAGUUGGCAGCUCUGUUCCGGAGAACCUCAGUCUCUUCCUGGACCCUACCCCAAAACCUGAGGAGGUGCCUAGGAAGAUGUCCAAAGACUCCAUCCUGUCUCUCUACAGCACCGUCACACCACACACCAACAGCAUGCCUCCUCACGGUGGCAUGUACAUGGCCCCACCACACAUGGGUUAUGCAGCAGCUGGAUUUGGGCAGUACCAGCCCAUGGCCCAGGGCGGGAUGAUGGGAGCCAUGAUGGGGAUGCCUGCGGGCGCGCUGGCACAACCUGGCCUUCUAUGCCCAGCCGGGAUGCCGGCAGCGGGGCCCUACGCGGCGGGGCUGCCAGGGGGCGGGAUGGGCAUCUCCGGCAGCAUGGUGGGAGGGCUGCCCUCUCUGCCCCAGCAGAUGUACGGGGUGCAGCCGGCCCAGCAACUGCAGUGGAACAUCACGCAGAUGACCCAGCACAUGGCCGGCAUGAACUUGUACGGUGCCAACAGCAUGAUGGGAUACACUCAGCCCAUGGGAGGAGGGGUGGUGCCCGGAUCGAGUCACAUGCUUGGGACACACGUGUGGAAAUGAUUGCGCCGGUCUGAAGGAGCAGGGCUGACCGCGACUGGUAAAUGGACUGGACUUUCAGGAUGUCGCAUAAAUGAAGGUGCACUUCUGGGCUUUCGGGGGGGGGGGCAGUCAACCAAUUUGCACCCCCCCCUUCUUUUUCCUUUAUCUUUUACUCCCUUGCCAUUGUUUUUCAAGAUCUCCAUAUUUGCCUUCAAACGUCACCAACCUCUCGGAGGUCCGAAAAGCAGGGUUCCGCCUGCCUCAGUACUGCAAAACGAGCCGGCACCGAGAUUUUGUGUUUCUGAAGAAUGUGUUUUUUUUUGUUUUUGUUUGUUUUUAAUAAGGCAGGUUUUCCCCCAUUUUGUCUCUUCCCCGUGACUGUCCUCACCGGCCACAGAUCGCAUUGCCUGUGCUGACAGUGUGGGGUCACUGCAGGCUACUGGUCGCAACCUGAACUCGCCAAUCUAAGACUUUGUCGCUCAGCAGUCUACUUCAGCUUCUCUCAUGAAUUAGACAUCUUUUUGUUUUGUUCAGUCUUGGUUCCGCCUGCGCUGGUACCUCGGGAGAGAGAAGCCCCAGUCCCCGUUGCCCCUCCAGUGCCCACACAGCUUUUGUCGCAUUUGUUUGUUCCACAAACUGUUAGGAAAUACCAUCGGUUUAUAAUUCAAAUAUCCCACGCAAAUUAGUCCUAACUUAACUUAGCUAUUUGUAAGACAUCCUAUGUUUAAAGGUUUUUAAGUUAACACAACUGGGGGGCCAAAAAAACAGAGCCAACUGGGCAACCAAAGAUAUGCGACGGCUUUUCUCAGUAGCCAGGUGGGGUAAUUAAAAUGUCACAUGACUCUCCCCCCCCCGCCUCCCCUUUGCUUCCGAUAAGCCACUGAAUGCAGGUGGACACCCCCCCUCCACCCAACACAGGCAAGGAGGCAGAAGACAUGAAUCGAUGCUGGACACUGCUCUGUGAAUGUCCACGCAGUGAUGUCAUAAUGAAUGUACACUGCCAGGACAGAGAAUGUCUCUUUAGAAAUGUAUCCAGCACUGUCAACUCUGCCUGUUUGGUUAGAGUCAGCAUUGGCUGUAUUGAGCCAAUAGGAGGGCAGGAUGAGGGUCACAUGGGUUUCUCACGUCUGCUGCCCGUAGGGAUCUGUACCCUUUGGCUUAGUGUGACAGGAAGCUGUUUGCCCUCUGAAGUUGCAGUAGCGUGUGUUUUUGCAUGUGGGUGUGUGCAUUUGAGAGAGAGAGAGAGAGAGAGAGAGAGAGAGAGAGAGAAUAUCAGUCUGUGUGAGUGGUUUUGCGUGCAUAGCCCUUGAGAUGGGUGGCAGAUUGUCCAUUGGGGGUAGCUAUUUGACAGAGGACAGUGCCCCCCCACCCGUCUCUGAGAGCUAUAUGUUCUUUGCUUUCUGAAUGUCUGCAGGAUUUUUGCAGGUUUGCUUUUCCUGUUACUUAUUGACUUCAGCAGAAAGCGUGACCUUUCGAGUGUGUUACCCCUGUCUGAGGCUGUCCUUCCUCUCCUGUUUGCUUUGUCUGCCACUGCGGGCGCACACACACAUGGUAAACCUCUUCUUUUGCAAAUAGGAAGCCAUGUUGGAUAUCUAGGUGAAAUGUGAGCGCACUAUGGGCAAGGAGACAAAGACAGGGUUCCUACAGUGAGGUGGGCCACUUUCUCUAGGGUACCCUCCUUAAUCAGCUUAAUCAGUCAGCACUCUCCACAGCACCGCUAGCUCCAUUCUGGGCAUUCUUUAUUUAAGUGCAGCAUAUGGAAAAGCCCCUUCAUUUAAUGGCGUUUCAGUUCAGUGACAGUAGUUGGAGACUGCCCUCUGGUGGUGCAGAGAGGGAUUGCGUUCUAGUUACAUAGCUACUCUGUGGCUGUGGUAGGUUUUUCCAAUGAAGGUAUGCACCACUAUCUAGGAAUCUGGAUUGGAUAGGGGGGCAGUGCGGAAACUAUGCAAGCAUUUGCGAGCGUACACACACAUACACAUCCGAGGUACAAAGAAGCUUCUCUGCCAUGGACUGCAGUAACUUAUGUUCUUAUGUUAAUAUUAUCUGGCAUUGUGUGAGGCAUGAUCUGUGCUGUGUGGCUCUCUGUCAUCACCCUGGCUUUGUGUAAAAGGAACUGAGCUAGGCUGCCUUCCCCAAGCCCCGCCUCUGCCUUCCCCAAGCCCCGCCUCUGCCUUCCCCAAGCCCCACCUCUGCCUUCCCCAAGCCCCACCUCUGCCUUCCCCAAGCCCCGCCUCUACCUUCAUUUUCCUUAGGACUAUAAUUAUUAUUGUCAUCAUUGUUGCGGUUGAAAUGCAUGAUGGUAAUUGUGUAAAUAAUUUGCUGUGUUCUUGGGUGCCACAUGGGUGUAAUGCUGGGGGAUUGUGGGUGUUUGCACGGUACCUGUAACCAGGUACACCAUCCCAGAGGUGGGGGGGCCAUCGCCCUCAGCUCUGCAUCACGGGUCCCCGGUACAGCCUUUCUCUGUGUGACUCCCCAAUGUGCCAUCAAGGCAUUGCACACACACACGCACCCCAGCAUGGGUCCAAAGAAGUUUGCUUACAGGCCCCUCUGGGAUAUCGCACCAAGGGAUGCAGAUAAACACCAUGGAAGUCCAGGUCGCCAUGAUUACAUACAGCUAUACUUUAGGCAUCCAGAUAUGUUUAAGUUUUUUCUUAGCAAAAUUUUAGCACAGAAAAUGAAUGUAUGUUUUUUUUUUGGUUUUUUUUUUGUUAUAAUUUUGUGCUUUAAUUUUCAAACAUUUUCUCUCGUGUGUGUGUGUGUGGGUGUGUGUGCGCGCGCACGUGUGCAGAUGUAUGUGUUCGGUCUCAUUAACUUUUUAAGCAUUAUUUAUUGGAGAUGCUGAAAUGUAAUCGAGUUUUGCAUCUCUGGGAUCCUUAAGAUAUGUUGAUGUAUAAACACAGAUUUGAAUAAUAUAAUAUACUUGUCAAUAUAUAAAAUCCAAAUAAAGAACAUUUUGGCGUU